UGGAAUUAAAGAAAAAUAAACAAAGAGAAGUUAACUGAAUCAGCUUCCGUUAAAAUGUCUGGGAGUUUGGAUUUGAGCUCUGCUAGAAAACAACUUCAAGACACUCUUGGUGAUGAUAUGACAGCAUAUCUACAGAAUUUAAAGUUAUGGUUUAAACAAAAGAUUUCCAAAGAAGAUUUUGAUCUGGAAGCCAGAAAGUUACUGACAGAAAAUACAGUUCAUCUCCAUAAUGAGUUCCUGUUGGCCAUUAUGUCAAGAUGUCAGAGUUUAAGUACUUCAUUAGUUCCAAGGGAGAGCAGCGUAUCUGGACGUGUUUCUGAGCAAUCACGAAUUAAACAAAAAAGUAAAUUACGGAGAAAAUCUACCAGUUCUAGGAGUACAUUACAGAAAUUUGUUCCUUCCAAUCCAGUUAACUUUGCACCACUAGCAACGUAUAAAGGGGGUGAAGAAAUAAAUUUUGCCACAAGAGAAUUAGCUGUGCCAGAUAUAUCUAUGGUCCAAGGUAGAAUGUUAGUGUGUGCCUGGGAAACAGGGUUAGAGGAUGUAUCAGAUACAGCAGUCAAACUUAUAAUGCAUGCAAUAGAGAACCAAUUAAAGAAUAUAAUAUCACAGGUAUUAUCUAAAAGAAGUGGAUACAAAGUGAGAGAGAAGAAAUUUAAAUAUGCCAUGGGAACACAAGUAUUAAAUCCUUACCUAAGACAUACCUCUCAGAUAGACGACACCUCAACAGAAAGUGAGGCCACAUCAAUUACAGCAAAUGCCCUCCACAUACCCUGUCGUAAGCCUCCUUUUGAUAUUGGUAGUGCCCAGGCUGCAGAACAGUUAUCAACAGCACAAUUUCCUGCCAGUAAAGGGCCAGUAACUCUGUUUGAAUUGCUGGAAACAUUACAGCUGUACAGAAGUUCUAUAGCAUCCCACUCUGUAUAUGCCCCAGCCAUAGAAAGAGUUAUCCACAAACUGUGGCAUCCAAGUCGAGAGGAGAUAAACCAAGAACAUAUUCAUCAUCAAGAAGUGACAAUAAAACAAUUACACAGUCAAUCUGUUAUCAGAUAACACUAAUAAACCAUCAUUUCACUU